UGCUAUGUUUUUCCUUUGCUCGCGAAAAUCGUGUGUUUCAGUUAGUGAGUGAUUUGAAUUCAUGGAAAUGGCUGAAGAAUCAGCGAGUGAAUUUAGUAGAAUUUUAGAUGGGGAGAAGUUUUUCAAAAUCCUUAAAGUAGAAGGUGGAAGAAAGGUGGAGGCGAAAUGCCUCAAGUGUGGGAAAAUUGUGAAAGGAACGGCGAAGCAAUCGACUAAUUAUUUAUCGCACUUGAAGGAAAAAGGGCAUGAAGAAUGUUUGAACGAGUAUUUAGCAGCUCCGAAAAAGAAGGUACAGUCCAAACCAAAACACUCGACGUGCCAAGAGAAAUUACAAUCGACGUUAAACUUUCCAACAAUAAGUUGUACCUCAUCCAGCAAAGCCGCGGAAUCUAAGGCCGAUACUCUCGUAACAGAUUACAUAAUCGAUGGUAUACUUCCUUUGACAACAGUGCGAAAACUCUCUUUCAAGAAGCUUGUAAACGGACUGCAAGGCAAAAAACUGGAUUCUCCAAUCUUGUCAUAUGAGAAACUGGUUGGCUAUUUGGAUCAAAGAGUUGCUGAAUUUGUGAUUAGCAUGAAAAAGGUAAUCUUCAACACUAAAUUCAUCUGCGUAACAUGUGAUGCUUGGUCUGGCGCAGGUCGCAAUUACUUAGGCGCCACUAUCAGUUGCAUAGCACCAGGUGACCGAGGGUUGAAACGAAAGUCAUAUGUAAUUGCACUUCAAAGAUUUGAUGGCGCACAUACAUAUGACCGCAUCCGUGAUGUGCUCUUGAAUCUGAUGGACAAAUACGAAAUUCCUCUAGAUAAAGUUGUGGGAGUCGUUACGGAUGGAGGUAGCAAUUUCAUCAAAGCUUUUGAGGUUUAUGGAUCACAAUUCAGAGAUUACUACAUUGAUGCUGAUAAUAAGGAUGAUAAUGAAGCAGAAUUAACCAUCGUCAAUAUUGACGAUGGCGUCCUUGAAGGUUUGGAAGCAGAUACACGCCAAAGAAAACUUCCUCCUCAUUUCAAAUGCGUACCCCACACCUUACAUAGAAUUGCGUCCGCUGAUGUUGGAAAGCUGCUCUCCUCCAAUAAAACAUCUUCCGUCCAAGCUUUAAAUAAGGCACUGUCCUAUAGCAGCGAACUUUGGAAGCUUUGUGCUUAUCCAAAACAACGUGAGAAAGUUCAACAAGUCUGUGGAAAACUUUUCAUCAAGCCAAUCGACACAAGAUGGAACAGCAUGUUCCGUGCUAUCGAAAGAGUAGUGCAGAUGUUCGAUAAGCUAGACUCACUGUACAAAACAUUCCCGGAUAUUAACAGGCUGAGCGAUUAUCAUAGAACACUUUUGAAAGAGUAUCUUAUUAUUAUGGAGCCAAUUGCGAAUGCAAUCGAUGAUCUGCAAAGUGACAGCGUUUUUCUUGGCGACUUCCUACCUUCGCUAAUCCUCGUUCAGCAGCUGCUUAAAGAAAUUCAUACUACUCACUUAUCAAUUCUAAAGGAUCAGGUCCUUGGGUCUCUGGAAUCCAGAUAUGGAGACGAGUUGAAUUUCGAAUCAUCUGAAAACUAUAUUGUAGCGGCGGUUUCACAUCCAGCGCAUAAGCUUUUGUGGAUUCAGGAUGCGGAUAAGAGAAAAAUGUGCCAAGAUAUGCUUUUCAACUAUAUGCAGAAGGAAGUUUGCAGCAAGUUAAAGGUACCUCACGAAGAACCCAUCGCUGCACAGAGUUCAAUGCUGCAGCACCGACGGUUGCAGUUUUUAUAUAAUAAGAUUCCAUCGACAUCAACCUCCGAUUCAGAAUUGAGCAUCGAACUGCAUGGCUUUUUGAACGAAGAGAGUGGAGAACUCCAAACACUGGAAAAGUUCCCAUCGGUUAAACAAGUCUUCCUUCGGUUCAACACCCUACUACCGUCUCAAGCUGGGUCGGAACGCUUGUUUUCUUACGGAAAGCUUAUUCUAUCUCCUCGCAGGCAAACGCUCAAUGACAAACAGAUUGAAAGUCUGGCCUUGCUGAAGUGCAAUGCGCAAGGAAACGUAGAAGAUUAAAUUAAAUCUUACUUUUUUCGUUAACAUGUAAACAAUGUUGUAACAAAUUGAUUUUAUGCCUAAAUAAAUACUUGA